UCUGUUGUCCUGGAGAGGCAUUGAAGUCUCCCGUGGAAGGGGCAUCGAGUCCCGCCAGUCUCUGCCGAGUUCUUGUCCAGUCAGGAUGUCUUUGCCCCGGCUUCUCUUCUGCAGUCUCGUCCUCAUAGGAUGGAGUGACCGGCAGGCCUGUGCAAAGAUAGGAGGAUGGGAUACGGAACCUAACACCCAGUACCAUAUCCAGACUGACGAAGGCCCAGAAAGGUUCUUCAGGUACCAGACUAUCAGCGGUCAGUACCGCAAGGAAAAGAGGCUGCAAGACGGUAGCGUCGUAGGCACCUACGGAUGGGUGGACGCCAACGGAUACCUCCGCCUGAGGGACUACAUCGCCGAUGACAAGGGCUACAGGAUAGUCCGGACCAAGAUGGUACGCGUCGGCCAGGAGCCGUCCACAACUACCACGACAACGCCGCGCCCACCGCCCAUCGCCCUCAGUGACUACCUCAAGGAGAAGCAGGCGGAAGAAUACAGGCCACAGAGUGUAGAAAUAGUUCCCAAUGGUUACCCCAGUUCAACUCCUUCUCCGGUUAACAGCUACAUUCAGCCGACGACAUAUCGCCCUUACCUCUACAACUUGAACUCUCUGGAUCAGAAGCCUUACGAGAGCCAACAGCAGCUGGUACAACAGCAGGUUCUAGCAGUCCAACAACAGGUACAAGCUGCUCAACAACAACAGUUCCAGAGCGCUCAGCAGCAACAGUUCCAGAGCGCUCAGCAGCAACAGUUCCAGAGCGCUCAGCAACAACAGAUACAGGCUGCUCGACAACAGGCGCAACCGCCUCAACAACAAGAAGUGCCUUACGACGGAGUUUCCUUAACACAGAACGGUUUUAGGUACUACUUGCCUCGCCACUACCACGAAGAGGAGACCGCUGGUGACAGAAGAGCUGGAAGUUUCGGUUACAUCGACCCGUUUGGCAUCCGAAGGGUUAUCUACUAUAAUACAGACCCUUCUUCAGGGUUCGUCCACAGAAAGACCAACAGAUAUGUAGGUUUCAAUGCCACGCCCUACGACCCGAGAUAUUAGCAUUAGUUAUUCAAGGGAUUUAUGAAAAAAAUCCAAUGAAGCUAAACCAGUGUCAGCUAGAAUUAGUUUGUGUCCUUGCAAGAUUGAUCCAAAACAGACUUUGGUUUUAGCUUUAAAUUUGUGAUAGCUUGUAACAUAGUGUUAAAUGCUGAGUGGAUUUCUUAUUUCUAAUAUUCAAUGGGCAUAAGUUACUUAAUAGUAUUGUCAUUACUUUAAAUUCAAGUAAAACGAAGAGAGGCCGACAUUAUUUAUUUGAAAUGCUAGAUAAAGUUUUAGUAUGCUAGAAUAUAAUGGGGAAACUCAACUGAUAAAAUGAGAAAUCCACUAAGAUAUAUUCUUCUAUCACUUCUCGCUAAUAAAAGUAAGACAUUUAAGGUGACACCUACUAGUCUCUUUAACAAAUUAACAAUUAGUAAUUAUUUAUAUUACUACUAGACUUUCUUUAAGAUCACAUUUAUCCCCCCACUCCUUCCAAAAAAAUUAUGUUUGUAGUCUAACAAUUAGAUCUAUCCCUAUGCUAAUACCACCAGAGUUAAGGUGCCAUAGAGGCGUUGACAAUGAAGGCACAUUGGGAAAAUGAGCCCUGGUUUCAAUGCCUCAAUCCUCUAUUUAUUUACUUGUAAGAUUAUUAUUAUAGUUCUUUGAUAAAACAUAAUGAUACAGUUUAUGUUAUAGAGUUACAAAUUGAUUUAUGAUUGUUCACUAAUGUAGUUUAGGCAAAAUUAAAAUAAAAAUUAUUGAUUUUGCCUGCAUCCGAAAUGUAGAUUUUAUAAUUCCUUCUGAAUAGAAGUAAAUAAGGAACUUUUCUACAGUGUUUUGAAAUAAUUUUUUUGUAAUAAUUCGUAGUUUAUUGUGGUGCAAAAAGUAAUACAUUGUAAACUUUAAAUUCAUUGAGAGAAAUAUUUUCUGUGAAUAUUUUAUCAAAAGGUCUUAUGCAAAAGGUAAUUGUAUGUUUACAAAAAAAAAAAAAAUACAUUAAAUUCUAAUACGA